AAAACCUUCCAACAGUCCAAGAAAUAAUGGUUUCAAUAUAUGAAAAUGCAAGUCCUUUAGAGUUGUACGCAAAUAAAGAUCGAAGAAAUUAUACAAAAACUAUUGAAGAUAAUAUAGCACGUGGUUUAGUUCCGGAUAUAACUAUCACAAAUUUAAAGCAUGGGAUUAAGUUCCUAAUCAUAGAACAUAGGAAAUCGAGAUCAUUGAAUGAUAAAAAAAAAGAGUUAGAAGAUACGCUAAAGUCAUGUACUCUUCUACAUAAUAUAAUUAGAAGAGCUCAUGACAAUUUGACGCUACGGAAUAUAGAGGAUUUCAAAGUUUUUGGAGCAGUUACAUCAGCACUUGAGAUGAAAAUUUAUAUGUUAAACAUCGCAGCAAAAGAAUUGUAUAUUUUCCAAGAAAUUGAUAAUUGUAUUUUGCCUUCACAUUUUCAGGAAUACAAUCCUGAUAUAUUGCGCAAAACUAUAAUUACAUUAAUUAAAUUGCGU